CAACACAUGCCUUGACGUCUACUUCCAAAAUUUUCGUCCUGAGUGAUCAGAGAGGGUGGAUGAGUGUUUCAUGUAGUGUAGGUACGCCCUGUGCCCAGAAGAGAAAAGUGCAUUUUCCAGUCUUAAGGAGUGUGCUGUGCGUCCUCGGGCUGUCGCAAGCCUAGACAUGCCCGACACUGCCUCCAAUGAGCCCGGUUCGAAGGUUUCGGAUCCACAACAUUCCCAGAGACUCCUGAGAGUCCUUCGCACCUUUUGGCAGGAGCAAAGUUUCCACGAUGCGCUGCUGGUGGUGGACGGAGAGGAGCUUCCUGUCCAGAAAAAUAUCCUGGCUGCUGCCAGCCCCUACAUCAGGACCAAGCUGAACUACAACCCUCCAAAGGAAGAUGGGUCUACUUACAGAAUCGAGCUGCAGGGGGUCUCUAUGGCCAUCAUGAAACAAAUCCUGGACUACAUCUUCAGCGGUGAAAUCACCCUGAGAGAAGAGACCAUCCAGGACAUGGUGCAGGCAUCCGACCUUCUCCUCAUGACCGACCUCAAGUCUCUGUGCUGCCAGUUCUUGGAGAGCUGCAUCACCGCAGAGAACUGCAUCGGUAUCCGCCUCUUCUCUCUGCACUAUUGCCUCUACCACGUGCACUACGUCGCCACAGAGUUCCUGCAGACGCACUUCCGUGACGUGGCGCUGACUGAGGAGUUCAGGGAGCUGCCACCGGACCGGCUCUGCGAGGUGCUGUCCAUGGAGAAGCUGAACGUGGGCAACGAGAAGCAUGUGCUGGAGGCCGUGGUGCGGUGGUUCGCACACGACCCGGAUGAUCGCAGGGUACGCAUGAAGGAAGUGAUGUCUGCCGUGUGGCUGCAGGGUUUGGAUCUGAGCUACCUGAGAGAGCAGCUUCAGGUCGGCUGCUACGCCUCCAUGAAUAAGAAGCUCUACGCCAUUGGUGGGGGCUCCUACGGGAAGCUGUUUGACUCUGUCGAAUGCUUUGACCCCAAAACCCAGCAGUGGACGGGGCUGUGUCCUCUGAAAGAGAGAAGGUUCGGCUCGGUGGCGUGCGGCGUCGGUCAGGAGCUUUACGUGUUCGGUGGAGUCAGAAGCCAAGAGAACGACAACCCCGAGCAAAGACAAAUGACGACCUGCAAGUCUGAGUUCUACCACGACGAGAUGAGGAGGUGGAUGUUCCUGGAUGACCAGAACCUGUGCAUCCAGACCAGCUCCUCCUUCGUCUACGGCGCCGUGCCCAUUGGCGCCAGUAUCUACGUGGUGGGGGACCUGGACACAGGCACAAACUUUGACUACAUCCGGGAGUUCCGGCGCACCACCGGGACGUGGCACCGCACCAAGCAGAUGUUACCCAGCGACCUUUCCAAAACGGCCUGUGCCAACUUGCGCAUCGCCAACUGUCGACUGUUCCGCCUUCAGCUGAGUCAGGGCAUGUUCCGGAUCCGAAUCUGACCCGAGACAGCAGCCGGACGCUCUGUCCCGGCUGCACGUGUCUCCACUUUUGCACACUGGUACGCUCUAUCUGCUGUAGGUCUGAGUUUAUAUACAAACACUAAAGCGCUGUAGUCACUACGCUUUGAA